AUGAGACUAGUUGAGAAAUUAGGUCUUGAAACCACCCCACACCCUAAGCCAUACAAGCUUCAAUGGCUAAAUGAAGAAGGUGAAAUAAUAGUCAAUAAACAAGUCACCAUAGGGUUUACCAUAGGCAAUUAUAAGAAUGAAGUUAUAUGUGAUGUGGUACCCAUGGAGGCGGGCCAUUUACUCUUAGGGAGGCCUUGGCAAUUUGAUAAGAAUGUCACUCAUAGUGGAACCUCCAACAAGAUUUCUUUCAUUCAUAAUUCAAAGAAAAUCACAUUGAUUCCUCUAACACCCAAACAAGUAAUGGAGGAUCAAUUGAAAAUGAAAAUUAAAAGAGAUCAAGAAAAAGAGGCCAUGGGCUUGUCUAAGGCCCAAAAGCCUAAUAAAAAGGAAAGAGGUAAACAAAAAGUUAGAGGAGAUGAGGGCAACUAUGAUCUUGCCUUAAGUCUCAAGAAGGAGGGAUUUCUUACCAAGAUGCAAGAUGUGAAAAAAAUCCUUUAUAGUGGCCAACCAUUGUACCUAGAAUGCCAUAUGAGUCAUUUAACUCUUGCCACUACUCCUUCUUCUUUGGAUAAAAGAGUCAAAGCUCUUUUACGAAAUUUUAUGGUGGUGUUCCCUAAGGAAAUUCCUAAAGAACUACCACCUAAUUAG